CAAAAGAUCCAGCACCCGUUCGGCCGUCUACGCGUGGCGGAACUGGAGAUCGGAAUGUCUUGGCACUUGGCCCCAGCAUGUGAUUGGGCAAUAACACUCGCGGAAGAGCCGCUAACCGACCAUAGUGACCACUACUAGUUCCUUCAGAUGUCAUAUCUCCCGACUAUUCCCACCGUUAUUGAUCGAUCUUCAGGUCAUCCUCCAAACGUAUCAACCCAUCGUUCGUGCUCUACCGACUAGAUUGCUGUCACUACUACAAAACGCACCUUCCAUCGUCUCCCUGUCUAGAAAGGAGGGCUUGGCUACCGAGGUCCCAAGAUGAACUGCCCUUCCAAAACCGAUGAGGACGUCCUUUGGCAUCCAGAAUGGAACCAGAGUCCGCCACGCUUCGCUGCUGAUCUGACGACUUGUGAGGACCUAAACGGCAUCGCGAAUGCAAGGGAAUUAGGAGAAGCAGACCGGUUGCGCAGCGGCACACAGAGUCUCCGGCGCUGUGGAAUCGAUGAUUCUAAUGUUCAAGAGAUGGAGAAGAGACCGCCGAACACUACGGGCGAGGGUGUCAAAGGGUCCCUAAACGGACCUUGCACCCGAACAACCAGACAUGUGAGCGAGUACCAAGGUGGCCUCACCGCCACUAUCAUCAGCUGGUCAAAGUGGCUAGUAUCAGUACUGUGUACUUCAAUUUUGAUUUCCUGGGCUAGCGGCAACCUGUCUGCUCCCAGGUUUUUCUUGCCCAAAGAUCAAUCAUUCCAACGUCUUCCCAGGCGAAGUACCUGCGAAGAUGGCAAAGCGCAGCCCAACUACGAUCUGGGUCUGCAUGUCGCUGGUCUCUUCAUUAUCCUCUUCGUAUCCGGCACUGGAUGUGCCUUCCCAAUGCUCGUACUCAAAUUCCCGCGGCUGCGCAUUCCACCUGCCUUCCUUUUCGGCGCAAAGCAUUUCGGUACUGGUGUCCUAGUCGCGACCGCAUUUGUCCAUUUACUUCCCACCGCUUUUGGUUCACUAAAUGACCCAUGUCUGUCAAGUUUCUGGACAACUGACUACCAGGCUAUGCCGGGCGCUAUCAUGCUAGCUAGUGUGUUUUUCGUCACAUUGAUUGAAAUGAUCUUUUCUCCGGCCCAGCAUGUCUGCGGUGGUAACGAGGGCGCGGAGGCUGUGUCUCGCCGAAAGGAAGAGCCAAAGCACGAGACUACUGAAUCACCGGCUCCACCACAACCAGCAAUGCAGAGGACGUACUCCGAAUCUAGCAUGCGAGUCCGAGAUCUAGGUGUCUUGCGUGGAAGAGUUGGGAGCAUCAGUAGGACACUCUCCCGCUACCGCGAAGACGGCCAAAGACUUGACGCGAUUGAAUCUGUUGGUGGGUCUGCAGCGGAGAUUCCAGGCGCUCAUAGCAAGGAAGACAAUGAUGAGUAUGCUAUCGAACAGGAUCAAGAAAUUGGAGACCACAACCAUGUGCUCACACCCGAGCAAAUCCACAAGAAAGCCAUUAUGCAAGUUUUUCUCUUGGAAAUGGGUAUCCUGUUCCACAGCAUCUUCAUCGGAAUGUCGCUUGCCGUUUCCGUUGGUAACGACUUCACCGUGUUGCUCAUUGCCAUUGUCUUCCAUCAAACUUUCGAAGGCCUCGCCCUCGGUGUACGUAUCGCGGACAUCAACUGGAAGCCCUGCGCUGCACAGCCCUGGCUCAUGGCUCUCGCAUACGGUUGCACUACACCAGGCGGCAUGGCAAUCGGCAUAGCAACUCACACCCUGUACUCUCCCGACUCUGAAGUUGGUCUUCUCGUCGUCGGCAUCAUGAAUGCUAUUUCCGCGGGUUUCCUCGUCUACGCAAGUCUUGUGGAACUCAUGUCGGAGGAUUUCUUGAGCGAUGAGAGUUGGAAGGUGCUCAGGGGAAAGCGCAGGGUGUAUGCGUGUUUGCUUGUGUUCUUGGGAGCCUUCCUCAUGAGUUUGGUGGGGGCUUGGGCGUAGAGAGGUGGAUGUAGAAGACGCGAUGGUAGGGGCAGCAUUGAAAUCGGAUGAAGACCCGUUGGGAAGAAGGGGGGUAGAAGAUGGAGGUGGAAAAGAGAUACCGGAUGGAGGAGAGGGAAGACAAGGAACCUGGAGGACGAAGCGAACAAAAUGUAGAUGGACCUGAGGCGGAUACACCCUUUUAACUAUCGU